UUUAUCACCAGUUAACGAUAGUCUUGUUUUCUUUUCUACACGCAUUUCCCACAAUAUUUUUAAUCAAGUGUCAUAAUAUUUCAACAAUGGCCAUCAAACUCCCCAUCGAGCAUCGACGUCAUUGCACAUGGGCCAAGAGUUUGCGAACUUCGCCAAGACACCAAAAAUCAAGGUCGAAGUGGAGGGAUGCGCCAGGUUGCAGAGCUUGCUCACUCAACCACCACAACUAAGCUUCCCUCUACAGACUCUUGGGGCUGUAGCACAAGGCCAAUUACUCUCUGAUCGAUCCAACAAGGCCAAAAUGGUUCAAUGGAAGAAGCUGUUCGGUCUGGACGGAAGCCGCGACCGCCAUCUCUGGCGACAAGAAGCCCGGCGUCUCCUCCCUACAUACCACGAAGAAGCGCUUCCCUCCGCUAUCCCCGCGCCCGAAGUAACGAAAAUCGCACUCAAGCUGCGCUACCUGAUCGAAGAAUGCGUGCCCUGUGAGCUCGAAGAGUCUAAGAUCACACAAAGCCAUAGCAGGAUAAUUACACAUAAGGUGGUGAAGGCGGCCAAAGAAGCAGGGAGGAACGAGGGCGGGGAGGACUAUAGCGCUUGUGUGGUCUAUGCAUUGUUGGUUAAUAAGAGGUGGUUCAAGAUGCAGGCUAUGCUUGAGCUGUGGGAUGCGGAUUUGCAUAAUAUUAGGGCGAUUGCUUGUGAGGUUAUUGCCAAACACCUGAUCGAGGGAGAAGACAACCAAGAAUACCUCCUGCAGGAAUUGCUCCUCAAGCGCUACUCGAUUAUAGUCGACGGCGAGCAAACAGCCCCCGCAAAUGUUAUCGAACGAGCAGUCGAUCUGCACGCCCUCCGAGUUACAGGAUCAUCUGGAUAUCAAAAAUGCGUUAAUUAUCUUUGGCGGGGAUGGCUGGUACAAGAUGAAAACGACCCUAGCAAUUUCGUCGACUAUAAGAAAAAAGAUAAUACGAGUUAUUGGGCACAUGUUGAUCCGGAUCGGAUGAGAGCGCCUGUUUACCAGAAUGCCACGCAAGUCGUCUUUUCGCUCAUCUAUUUGGGGUUGUAUACCGGGGCCAUUAAUACGGUCAAUCCAACUGGAGAUUUGGAUAUCAUUGAGGUCAUGCUUUAUGUUUUCACCCUCAGCUUUCUUUGCGAUGAAGCCAGUAAGUUCUGGAAAGUAGGGCGGUUUUACAUUGGUUUCUGGAACGUGUUUAACCUCUUACUCUACGCGCUCCUCACUACGAGCUUGAUCACGAGAAUUAUUGCUCUUGGUCAUCCUUUUGAACUGGAUCAUAGGGGACCGAGGGAGAAGUUCAAUGAGCUUUCAUACAACUUUCUUGCGUUCUCUGCCCCAAUGUUCUGGGUACGCCUUCUUCUCUACUUGGAUUCGAUCCGCUUUUUUGGAGCAAUGCUAGUCGUCCUAAAAGUGAUGAUGAAAGAAUCUCUCAUCUUCUUCGCUCUCCUAAUCGUAAUUAUCGUCGGCUUCCUCCAAGCAUUCAUCGGAAUGGACAACGCAGACUCCAACGCCGACGCAACGAUCUUCAUCCUGCAAGCCAUGGCCAACGCCGUCAUGCAGUCCCCUGAUUUUAGCGGCUUCGAUAACUUUGCUCCUCCUUUCGGCAUUAUUCUCUACUACAUUUUUACAUUUGUCGUCAUGGUUGUGUUACUCAACAUCUUGAUCGCGCUAUAUAAUUCCGCGUAUGAAGAUAUCACGAAUAACGCGAUCGACGAGUACAUGGCUCUCUUUAGCCAGAAGACAAUGCAGUUCGUGCGCGCGCCUGAUGAGAAUGUAUUCAUCGCGCCUUUGAAUCUCAUCGAGAUUUUCUGCUUGAUAAUCCCGUUUGAAUGGUGGAUGCCUCGACAUUACUAUGCAAAAUUGAAUGAUUAUGUGAUGGGUGUUGUUUAUUCUCCGCUGUUGAUGGUGGCAGCCUGGUUCGAGAUGAGAAGCGCCAGGAUGGUGAAAAGUAAUAGGUGUAGGGGAGAGGAGGAUGAUGACAGCGUCGAGGAGUGGGAGCAGCUUUCUGGUGAAGUUGAUUUCGAGAGGAGUGGCUGGGCGAAGACUGUGGCGAGGGUAAAGCCGAACGUUGAGGAGGACCAAGCGACGAUGGAGGUAAGGCAGUUGAAAGGAGAGAUCGGAGAGUUGAAGGAGAUGUUGAAGCUGUUGCUUGAGCAAGGGGGCGUGAAGCAUACGGAGAAGGAUGGGGGUGGGGAGUAGGUGAGGCGUGGGGGGAAUUAAAAGGGUGACCAAUUGAGAUUGUAGAUAUGCUGUAUAAUGAAUCAAUCUUGUAUAAAAUGGCCU